UUUGACAGAUUACCUCCACUAGAGCAUUACUCACCGAGCCUCCACAGCACCCCACCUCCGUCCCACCCUCCGCAAACUGCCCUCCUGCUUCCCUUGUGCGGAGUUUAUGAGGCAGCACCCGCAACAGUUGGCUCAGUGUGAAGGACUUUAAAUAUAGUGACGGUUGAGCAGCUGAGAAACUGGGCGAAGAACACAAAACUUUUGCGAUAUUUUAAAAAGGAACCCAUUCAGUGUCCCCAUGCACGUGUUCAUGAUCUGGCGUGUGCUUUGCUUUGUGGGUGCAUCCUUGUGUGUGAAUGAGCUUGAGUAUGGAGGGAACUACGCAGACAACUACGAUAACGAGAUCUCUCAGGACCAGCAGGAGGGGGAAACUCCAACCACAUCAUGCCAGGCUGCAGAUCUCUCCCGCUGGGACAAGCUUUUUAUCGCUCUGGAGGACUCCCACAUGAGGCAGAACAUGCUGCUGGAGUCUUUGGAGCAAUGUAGCAGAGGAAUGGUCUCUCUCAGGACCCAGUUUGAUGUGCUGGCCAAGACGCCGUGCCAGCCGUGUGUAACCAGCCUGGAGUCCGCUUGCAGGGCGCGGGUGGAGCAGGUGAACGUCAGGCUGCAACAAGGCUUGCUGGAGCUCCGGGAGGAGGAAGCAGAGAGGGAGAGCAGGUUGAACGCUACUUUGCACCAGCUUCUGCACAGUGGCCAUGAGAUGAAUUCCCGGCUGAAGCGGCUAGAGGCAGGCGGUGGGACGGGGCACCAACCAACACGGAGGCCCGAAGGUUCAGGGGCGGCAUUCGGCCUGGGAAUGAAGCCAUUCACAUCUGGCUUGGAGGAGCAGGAAGUUACUUCACCGCUGGACAUGGCCUUAAUGGAAAAGGCCCUGGUUGCCAUGGCAACGGAGCUAGAGAAGGUUCACCUGCAGCUGAGCAGAGUGAUGGAGCAGGCAGGAAGGACGGCGGUGAUGCUUGAGUUGCCAAGAGGCAAAAAAUAAUGUCAGAUCCAUCGAGGACUUUCCAGUAGAAGUUGAUAUUCCACAUACUCUGUUUUUAUUUGCGAGCAUGUUUAUGUCUGGGGAGGAUGAAUUUAAAUGUACCAUUAAGUUCAGGGAUUUCGGUAAUGAAUAAAAAACAAAUGAGUUGACCUCAUCAGCCUCAUGGAAUGGCACCCUCCCUCCUCCCAUACAGUAAUCAACCUAUUUUCAGCAUUUCAAUGCACUACCUCAAUGUUUGUGUAGUUGUGGCGGUGUCUGCAAAUGCCGACAACCACAAGGACGUGUCUCAGAGACUUGGACUGUGUUCAAUUCUGGGCAGGUCUCUCCAUCACGUUAGAUGCUUUAAGAGUGUCUGGAUGCAAAGAGGCCACAACUUACAAUGCGCAGUGUUUAUGAUGAAUGAAAACCCACGAGAGCUAUUAAAGUGCCGCCUGCCGGUCCCUCCUGCAAGAACACACACGCAUUCAUUGUUAUAAAUCACACAAAGGCUGUUGUUGACUUUUUGUGUAUUUUACAGUUUAUGUGUGAUGGUAUUUGGUCCCAGAACACCUCUUCAUUUGUUUUCUCCAGUUUUAUACAUUUAUUGUGGAGUUUCCAUCCAUUUAUGGUGGGAAAUUUAGAGAAUGAGAUAAAAGGAAAACGAGCAGAGAAGGUGAAAACAAUAUCACAUAUAUCUUGAACAAUAUCUUGUUCUUAAGUAUAGCAGGUUAUAUGGAGGAGAAUUGAAUUAAGUAAAAGGAGAUUGUGCUUGACUAAAUAUACAAUGUUGCAUUCCAACACUAAAUAAAACAGUGACAAAUAACAUUUGAAACAAACAAACCAGCUCAGCGCUGUUGACCACAAAAUUUCUUUUGUUUAACUUAAACUACGCUGCUGUAAAUCCUAUGAAUUUUAAUGAACUAAUAAAGGAUUAUCUUAUCUCAUUAUAGUAUCCUGCAUGCAUGGAAACACAUGCACAGAUACACACACACACACACACACACACACACACACACACACACACACACACACACACACACGGUUGUGUUAAGUCUCCAUCUGUGCAGUGAAUGAAUUUAGUGAACGGAAGCUUCUUCAUAUCGGCUCAUGUUUGUUCCUUUUUAACACGGAGAGGAAGAGACAAAGAAGAGAAAAGAAUGAUGAGGAAAAUAGGGGAGAGGCUCAGG